GACGGACAAACGGAUGCUCUUGCAAACAACAGCACAGAAGCCCACAAACCCCAAGAGCACACUGCCCCCAUGUGACAGCAGGGCGCUCUGCGGGCACACAGACAGCACCGCGGGCGACCAGUCCCGGGACUGCCAGCGGACUGUGAACGCGAUAUACCUGCGGGACCAUCAAGUCCGCUCCUCGGUGCGCUGUUUGGGGGAUUAUCCGCCACAGAGACAGACUAACACAGCAUCUUCAUCUGUGGACUGAGAGAGGACAAGAUGCUGAAUUUCAGCCUGUGGGCUCUUCUGCCUCCCAUCUACUCUGUUUGUACUGCUACUGGACUGUGGACGGUGUACUUCAUAGCUGUUUACAAUAAGAACAUAACACCGCUGGGUUCAGAAUACAGGAGAAGAAAUGGCUCCCUUUAUCCUCCCUACAUCAGUAUUGCAGGCAACUUUCCUCCAGCCAGCUGUGUCUUCAGUGAAGUCAUGAACCUAGCAGCAUUUGUAGGGUUUUUUAUUGCCGUUUUCAGAUACCUGCAGCUGAAGGGCAAAAUUGACAAACCUUGGCUGAACAUUUCUAGUUUGGUGGUUUUUUCUAUUAGCUCCUUUGGAAUGACCAUUGUAGGAAAUUUUCAGGUAUUCACUGAGGAAAACAUUCACAACAUUGGCACCAUUAUGGUGUUUGGACUGGGAACCUUGUUCUGCUGGCUGCAGUCCUAUAUCACCCUGAGAGUUAACCUGAAGAAUGAGGGGAAGAUGGCUGCCAUCGCUCGAUUCCUGUUGUCUGGAUCCAUCACUCUUUGCAUGAUACUUUACUUCUCCCUGAUGUCUCAACGCCUUCACAUGCAUGCAAGUCGAUGCCAGUGGGUGCUCGUCAUGAUCUUGCUCAUCUUCAUCAGCACUUUUGCCAUCGAGUUUCGUCACAGCAGCUUCAGUAUUCUGUGCACAGACAGACCAGGGUAUCCCUUCCAUUGCUCAGAAACCUCUGAAGUGCCCAUGUAGCUGCUCAGUGAGCUGUAGGGUGUUACACAGGCUCAUGUUUAAGGUCUGAUGUUGUAUUUACAAGUACAUACUUAUUACUCAGUUACAGCUCUCUUUCAGGGGCGGAUCUAGAGAAAGUUUCUUAGGGUGGCAUGAGGGUGAAAUCAAAUGGGGUGGCAAAAUUACACGUUACAUUCUGUAAUCUGCUUUAUAUAUGGUUAAAAUACAUCAAAUGCAGUAAGUACACACAUGUUUCAUAUAAAUAUACUUUGUAACGUUCUUAUUUUCUUUAACCUACAUAAUUAAAAAUUUUAGUUACGUAAAACA